GAUAACAUAUUUUUUAGUCUUUGGUUAACAUCGGCGCCGAAAUGAAAAGUAAGAGGUUCCGCGACCGUUCAGCGGUGUGGACCGGGCCUUAUAGUCAGUGGGCCGACCUAUCUGAGACGUUUGAAAUAGAGCACAGAGAUUAGAAGAAAUCCGCCUGUGGGCCGAUGCUUGUCAGACCUUAUGAAUAGAAUGCGACAUUACGAUCUCAGGCCGACAUCGGCAUCUGGGUACAUACACAGACUGUCACCCAUGCACAUGCACAUAGACAAUACCUACAGUGCAUACACAGACGGCCAUCAACCAACAAAUUGCACAAUGUACAACACUCCUGUAGUCAUCAUAAUGGUGUACAUAAUAUGUGCAGUAAGAGUAAAGCAGGCUUAUCAACAUAAAGCCAUCAUAAAGUGUACAUGUGUAGCAUACAAAUUAUGCGUACAGAUAUCCCGAUGCCAUGUUGAACAUGUCGGUAGCAAAAACCGGAAGAGGUGAUACACUGCUUCGACGAACACUUCCGGUAACCGAUUCCGCUGUGGUAAAGGCCUAUACGUUCGCCUGUUCAUCCCCGUUUCUGUCACAGUGUUUUGGCGUGAGAAUUGUUUGGGCAGCGUGCAGUGGCGUCGCCUGGCCUGGGCAUUUGAUUAUUUUUUCUUAAGCCCCGAAUAAUUCUCCACUUUGAGCGGUUUGUCACUACGUAACUGAACGUCAUAUGGUAGCCUAAAUCAAAUCCAAACCCUUCCUUUCUUCUCCAAUAUUCACAUUUUUUAAAGAAGUGCGUAGCCCUCGCAUGCAAGAAAAAAAUGCAUGGAAACAGUCUAUUUAGAAGUACGUUUUUAAAAGUGUUUCGGAGAAGAAUCUGGGCUCAGCCCCUGAUGGUUAACAGUCCAGCCAACCCCCCAGGCAGCGUGUGAGCGUGAGAUUGAAGGUGAAAGUGAGUGUCACAAGCCAGAAGCGUGAGAGUUGGCAACCUUGAUGUGAGCGGGACAUGAAAGAUAUCUGCUUGACACUACGAUUACAAAGAAUGACCACUCACUGUCAAGCUUUCAGAAUGCCAAGAAGGAUCUAUGCUGAAGCUAUGCUUUUUUGUAUAAUAGUGUGCCAGUAUGGGUGCAGUGAGGGGGUGGCAGAGACAGCGACUGGUUCCACCAUCAAAGGGAAAGUGGGGGAGAGCAUCACGUUUCCUUUCUUCGCUGAGGGCAACCAAAGCUACAGAGUUGACCUACUUUUUAAUAAUACAUUUAACAUCCUUAAAUGGUAUCCUCAACCAUUCAUUAAUGUACGAGAACAAUAUAAGGGAAGGGUCAGCAUUGGCAAUGACUCGAUAUGGCUGAACAAAUUGAGCCUAUCAGAUUCUGGCCUUUAUCAAGUUAAAAUUGAGUAUACAUCUGCAGGUUUUAAGCCACCGGAGUACACAUACUUUUACCUGCGGGUUUUUGAGCCCGUCUCUAAACCCAGCAUCACAGCUGAGUGCCUGGGGAGUAAUGUCAGUCUGAGCUGCUUCAGCAGUCAAGGGACUGAAGUGGCUUACAGCUGGGAAACUCUGCCCCCUUGUGGUAAUGACAGCUGUGUGCACCUGGGCCAAGCAAUAGACCUCCAAUUACACUCCCUUUCUCCAUCCACAACAUACACGUGUACAGCCCAUAACCCUGUCAGCAGAGCCACCAGCGAUUCUGUUGAUCUGGAAAUGUGCUUCCCUCAACAAUCACAAGUUAGAUGGGUUCCAGCCUUGUGUGCCACAUCAGCAUUCCUUGUAUUCGGAGUACUAAUACUGCUGUACAAGAGGAAAAAGCACCAACAGUAUAAAAGUGAAACAAUUCAAGUGGGAGUUGAUGAGCCGGUCCUGGAAGAGGAGCCACCACCAAAACCUGCUAAGAUCUGGAAAACGCUCGUGUGGACAGAAGAGACCACAAUUAUCUUGUAUCAGAGUGUUGGCAUGAGCAAAUUCUUGAGGCCAAUAUGAACUGCCCAGGAUCCAAAGCACCCCCUCACGUGUGAAACAUGGUGAUGGGGGUGUUAUGAUUUGGGCAUAUAUGGCUGCCACAGAUAUAGGCUCUCUUGUCUUCAUUGAUGAUGCAACUGCUGAUAGUGGUAGCAGAAUGAAUUUUGAAGUGUACAAAAGCAUCUUAUUUACACAAGUUCAACCAAAUGCCUCCAAACUCAUAGGACAGUGUUUCAUCCUACAGCAAGAAAAUAAUCCAAAACAUAUUGCUAAAGCAACAUAGGAGCUUUUAAAAGCUAAAAACUGGAAUAUUCUUGAUUGGCCAAGCCACUCACCAGAUCAGUAUCCAACUGAAUAUGUGUUUCAUGUGCUGAAGAUAAAACUUAAUGCACCUAGCCCCCAAAAUAUGCAGCAGAUGGCUGCAGUACAGGCUGCGCAGCGCAUCACCAGAGAAGAUACAGUGCACCUUGUGAUAUCUAUCGCACACUUCAAUCAGUCAUUGCAUGCAAAGGAUAUGCGACAAAACACCAAACGUGACUACUUUCAUUUACAGAGCAUACUGAAGUGUCAAAUCAAUCAUUUGUCUUGGCUUCAUGUAUUAUGGAGGCCACUGUAUAAGGAUUAAUGAAAACCCAGUUUCCUUCAUGCAUCAUACCAGAUUGUGGAUACUUUAUGUAUUUUUGUCUAGCUCAUCAAUCUACCUGCUCAUAUUGCAACAGCAUAAUGUGUUUUUGUUAGCUGUUCAACCUAACCUCAGUGUGGUCUGUCCUUAACUUUGAAUAACAUGCUAGUUUAAAUUUUUUUUUUAAAGCUUUGACACUUUUGAUAUUUAAGAAAACUUUUGUUAAUUAAUUUAGCAAAGUUAUGCCUGGACAAACUGCACGACAUUGCAAUCGCAGACGGGGGGUUAUUAAUUAGUGUGUAUGCAAAUGUACCCAUAGGUUGCAUCUGCUGAUAAUAAAAAGUGAAAACAAUGUAAACACAAUAUGAGCACUCAUUCAUAAGGUGUCUUGAAGUCAGCCAGCUUGUUUUCUGUAAAAAUGUUGAGGACUGACGAUGAGACGCAAGUCUUCAUUUUUGUACUCUAAUUAUUAAAUGCUGCGCAAUACAUGGAUGGCAGAAAACAACAAAAUAGCAAUUUGUUUAAGGCUGCAGCAGGCAAAAUAAAAAAUGCCAAGUUCAGUCGAGCCACAGAACAAAGUAAACACAGAUGGAAGAGCCUGAAAGUAAUUAUUAAUCACAGUAGGCUACAAUUAUUAAAGAUAGGAUUGUAUAUGGGGAAUCUGGCAAUAGAUCUUCAUUUUGGGGCCCACCAUAGCCUAAAUAAAAUAACGUGAUUAAUUGCGUUCUCAACGUUUAACAUGCCAGGGAACAGGACCCAACAACAAACAUUCAUGUUGGGUGGGACAUUUAUACAUUGAACAGCAAUAUAGCUGCUAGUGUUGGGGACCUGGAGUGGUGUCCAGAAGAUUGCAUGUUCUGUGCCUGGUGAAGAGCUAUUGGCUGCAAAUACAUUUACGUAGCAUUGAGUUGCUUUUAUAAAUGUUAUGCUAAUGGAUGUAAGGUAGGCCAUGUCACCCUAAUUAAGGGUCAGAGCUGCAAAUGAAUUACAUGUUUGAAAUAAAUGAGUAAAAAAAUGAAUAAACAAACAA